AAGCGCUGACACCCGAACGGUCCCGGUGUAAAUCACUGCAAUGGCAGAGACGUAGGGGAGGGUGGAGGACACCGGCAAGAGCCCUGCCUCCACAUUGCAUGUGAACACACGGCAGAGCAGACGCACGGAGGACAGGCAACACCAACACAGGGGCAACAAAGGGACGCAUGGUUCAUUCCAGGCAUCAUAUGAAUAAGUGAUUCAAGUUUCGUUUCCAGAUACGCUGUUUCAUCUGUCCUCACCUCAAAGGUAAGAGCGACUGCACCACAGUAGAGAAAUCCAUAUGUUCUGCACCAUUUUUGCGCUAUAUCAGAUCUAUUUGUUUUCUUUAUUCUGUGUUCUUCUUAUUGCAGUAAUCUUUCAGCCAAUCUCUAAUAGGAUAAAUACUAUUGAUCUGUUCUCUGAUAAUACAUGUCAAUUGCAUUUUCUGUAGAGAUAAAACUGAGCCACGCCAGGCAGCAUGAAAUGGGUGUGACAUAUUACUACAUAAUGUGUGCAUGAGCAGCAGCAGCAACAUCAGGCUUGAGUCAGUAUUUUGGGGAAUUAGUGUGAAACAGAGCUUGUUUUUCCAAUGUCUCAUGUGAAUGCAAGUGAAAGUGCUCAUUCAGACAGUAACCAUGUUUCUUGUGUUAUUUAGGGUGUAUUAGCACUGCACAGUCAUGGAGCUGGAGCACUUUGAUGAGCGGGACAAGGCUCAGAGAAAUACCAGAAGGGGCUCAAGAGGUAAUGGGCUCCCCAGUCCCACACAUAGUGCUCACUGCUGCCUUUACAGAACCAGGACACUGCAAGCACUGAUAUCAGAAAAGAAGGCCAAGAAGAUUCGAUUCUACCGCAAUGGAGACCGCUACUUCAAGGGGAUUGUGUAUGCUAUUUCUCAGGAGAAAUUUAGGUCCUUAGAAGCACUCCUGGCUGACCUGACUAGGUCUCUGUCAGACAAUGUUAACUUGCCACAAGGGGUGCGGACCAUAUAUACCAUUGAUGGGAUGACAAAGAUCGCCUCUAUGGACCAGUUGGUGGAAGGUGAGUAGUGUCUCUGAUAGUGCUGUCAGUUAGAUUUAGCAGGGUAAUAUGAGGUUUUUCUUAUUUGACAUUUUCCUUCUGUAUCUGCCUGGGUAAGAAAAUGAAAAUUUCCAUUUUUUCAGCUGACAGUGCAACAGAAAAGACCCACUAAAACCAUUGAAAAAUUCCUUUUAUCAUGUACAAUAAAAACUGCUUAGGUGUAACUUUUGCCCUUUUUCCAGGUGAGAGCUAUGUCUGUGCAUCCAUAGAGCCUUUCAAGAAGCUGGACUACACAAAGAAUGUUAAUCCUAACUGGUCAGUUGGUGCUAGGACCGCCAUGGCAGUCCGUGAUCCUGCUUCCCUUGGUAGCGCCAAGGCCGGAUGCCCUGAAACCAAGGAAAGCAAGGAUUUUAUCAAGCCUAAACUGGUGACUAUUGUCCGCAGUGGAGUAAAGCCUCGCAAGGCUGUGCGCGUCUUACUCAACAAGAAGACUGCACACUCCUUUGAACAAGUCAUGACUGACAUUACAGACGCCAUAAAACUUGACUCUGGAGUAGUCAAAAGGCUUUAUACAGUGGACGGCAAGAUGGUAGGUGUUCAGUUUUCUCUACUUAUUGUGUUUCCCUGAACUUUGUUUUGAAUGAAAUCCUCACAAGUAGAGCACAAUGGCAAACAUUUAAUUUGGGGAAUAGCUGACCAAAAAUCAAGAAUGAAAAUUUGCUAGUGUAAGAUAAUCAGGUUUACAGUUUCUUUUGCAUCUCAUACACAACAAAACGUGAUACAAGGAAUUAAAUCUGCUCAAAGUUACUUACAUUUGCCCAGAAUUUGAGUGAGUAAGGCUUAGUAUACUCCCUUUAAUCAAGGUAGGGGCUUAAAAUCUGAGUCUCAUCAAUUGCAUACUCCCCUCAGUGCUAUUCAAAGCAUAGUGUUAUGUAAGUUUCUGACCAACCUGUUCAAGAUUUCUUUUUCUCAUUUAAUGUUCCAACACUUUAGGGCUGUGCACAGAGUUGGUGAAGUUGGUUGCACAUUCCUCACCAACACAAGUUAUACAGCUCUUUUGGAUAUUUAUGUAUUGUUUUCAUUUCCUAUGAUUCAUUCCUUUUUUGUGAGUGAAGAAGAAGAACUGCCUUGUGAUAUAAAAGUCUAAGAGGACUGUCAUCAUCUUUGCAUGCCCCCCUCAUAACUUGGCUGUGUGCAUUAUCCACAGAGAUUUGGUUGGUGGGUUCAGAUGUUCUCAUCACAUUCUGUCUUUCUAUUUGUAGAAAAUCUUACUCAAGAAACUUUAAGUGCAAACUGCACACAAGACAGACUUGGUAAACAUUUGCGAGUACAGUGAGUAAAUCUGAGGUUUCAGGAGAAACAGAUCACUGUCUCUAACAUUGGGGGGUCCUUUUCAUUCUCCAUAAACGUCUUUGAGAACGAUUUCCCAUAGAGACAGCUCAGAGGGUUAAAAGUCACCUGGGAAUAUUUGCUAAAUGUGUUACAAGAAGUAGGUUUCUAGGACUCCAGCACACUUUCCUACCAAACAGAAGCACAUUAUUGAAUGAGUAUUCACUGAGUGAGUAACUGCACUCCUUGAGUUACAACUUUAUUAAAUAACAAGCUGCUUGCUGUCUUUAUUCGAAUAUAACACUUGAUUGAACUCUCUGGACAGCACACUACAACAGAACUAUCAAGCAUUGUAUUUUCGUGCUCAAGUUAUUUAUCAUAAAUUGCACACAUUCAUAGCAUUGGUUAACACAUUUCUGGAUUCUAUAAAAUGAUAUUAGCUCUGCUUUAUGGGCCGAUAACUGUGGACGACACUUUAAUCCACUGCAGAUGAAACUGACUUAAUAUGGUCAAAAGCUGUCCCACAGAAAUAAGCAGCUCUUUAUUUAAGCAUGUUCAUAAACUUUAUCGCCUGCACUUUUUAUAAGUAACCUUAUCAGAAAUAUGAGGGGUUUUUUUCACUGGUGGUUUCUAUGGUGACAUGGUUCCCUGAGCUGGUUGCUAAGGAACAGCCUCUGCGGCAGAGCGGUGCAGUAGUGAUGUCAGAACUGUAGGUGUAGUGUGAGAGGGUUCAUAGAUGCGGUGUCUGGUCUGUAAGCCUUAUAAUACACAUGGUGGCAGGAUGGAGCACAUGGCGGGGGUAUUAUCCCAGGAUAGAGGGAACAGUUGGGGAUUUCUCACACCAACAAACAAAUCUGCCUCCACAUACCCUCUAUUUUAGGAAUACUGUUUUUAGCAAAGUGUAAAUGGACAUGGUAUUGCACUCGAUCAACAGUGGAUGUCUACUGUGUAUACUGUGUGAAUUUCUUCCUCUGCCUUUUUUGUCUCACAGUAAUUAUUAAGUUCUUUUGCUUCUUCUAAUGUUGUGUGCUUUGCCUUGCCAAUAAGCUUUUGUGUUAUGUGCUUGGCAGUGCAGUUUGGUUUGCUAUUUUUUAUCAUGUUGCGGUUCCAGAUGGCCAAAUAGACCCCUGUUGGCAUCAAAGAGCCUUUUUCAUGGGCGUUUAACCUUUGGUAAAUGACCUGCUUUGGCUUUUGGUCCUGACACAAGGACAUUAUGGAGAAACUGUGGCAUUUUGUGCAGUUUUAGGUUGCAUGCACAAACCUUACAAGCCUAAAUGUUUGCUAUAAGAUAGUAUAAAAGGUUAUGUUUACAAUAUUUCUAUAUGUUAUUCUCAUUUAUCCUCUUGAUACAUAUAUUGCACAAGUAAUAGACAUUUAGUUUGGUCUGUUGGCACAUUUUCUUACAGUGUUGCUCUGCUUGUUGGCAGUGAUCCCUUUAUGCUGCUGAGUCACUCUGUGGUGAUUUUGCACCAUGAGGAUGAAGUGUAAGUAGGUCAAAAUGGACAUAAAGAAAAUGAUCUUCAGAGGUGUGUCAUCAAACUCAGAUAGAUGUAGAAUCAUCACUAAGAAACAUAGACAGAGAAGAUUAUGGUGAAACAUAUCUCCUGCAGAUAUUUUAAAUGCACGUUUGUGAGGACAUCCGAAGAGAUGUAGUCACUGGCUUUCCUAUCCCUGCUGUAAUUGAUAUAGCUUUGUACUGUUAUUGUAUUACACACACUGGAUACUUCCCAGUGCAUGUUAGAGUCAUUCCCCCUUGCUGAAAUAGAUGUCAACACUUCAAGGGACAGUGUAGUGUGCUCGAGUGAAGACUUGAUUCUCUAAAUUAUGUAAGCAUCUCAUUCAUGCUUAAGAAACAGAUAAAGGUUUACAGUGUCAUAUGAGCCGGAGUCAAACCUAGCUUAUGUUUUCCACUUCAUCAGUUUAUGUCGCUCUUUAUUCUGCACUUCUCAAGUUUGGUUCAUCUGAAUCCAAAAUUAACUUUUAGCCACCACAGAUGGUAUUUCUGUGUGAUGCAGACAAAGAAAGUUGUAAUUUUAUUUUAAAAAAGUAAAGAUCAAUUUAUGUUCAUAUAACUAAGGCAAAAUUUUCUCAAUCUAAUAGACUUUUUGUGGUGCAAAUGUGUUGUGAACGGUGCUUUUCUUACUUAAGCUGUAUAGAAUAUUUUUAAAAUUGCAUUUUCAGCUCUUGACAGUAUUUUAACUUUAUAACUCUGUCCUUUUCAAAAGCCAUCACUGUAAAUAAAGGGGAGAAAUCAGGAUGAAGGACAUAGGGAGGCUUUCUGGCUCUCCUUUCGCCCACUGCUGUGACUUGGCUCUUAACCACUGAACAGUGACUUACUCAGUGUCCCAUUGCAUUUGGCUUGGAGAAUAAAUUUUCAGUUUUUGUUUAAAGUUUCUACUAAUUAUGCGCCAACUAAAGUGGAACAUGCUGUUGUACUUUAAUUAGAAUAUUGCAGACGCUUUACAGAAUAUAAAGUGGGGACUGUGAGCUGUGUUAGUAGGAAAUAUGGGGUCUGCAUUAAAUUAGCAUGUUGAAAUAUUUUACCUCUAGUUUUGAUGGUUUUGUUCUAAAAUCUGUGGAUGAAUUAAAAUGACUUUUACAUAAAUACAUACCUUAUUUCAAAGUCUUUCAAAAGGACAUCAUUACCAUAGGGAUUUAUUUUGUCUGGUCAUCAUACCAGCCUUUUUGGAUUUGAUUUGGAAACAUCACUUUUCUCCUGCCGCUGCUGAAAGUCAGACAUUGUUAGAACUACUUAGAGCUAAAUAUAGACACUUAAGACGGGGACAUUGUGGUUUGGAGCUUGAAAUAGUUAGGCCAGUGUACUGUGUUGCAUUCUAACAUUUGUUUUAAUCAUUUUGGGGCGUUGUGGGUGUGUCCUUACUGAUAUUUUCAUUGUGCUGACUUUCACUUAUUGGAGAAGCUUCUGCCCCAGUCUGUCUCCAUGUAAAUCUGCAGUCAUGUCAGAAACCUGCAGCAGACCUGAUAGGAUUUUAUAUGAUAAUAUACUUGACUGGCUGCUGUGUUCAGACUUGAAGAAGGGAUUCAGCACCUUGGAAAGCUCCACCUGUCCACUGAUAAAGAUUAUUUAACUAGUUUGAGUUUUUGCACCGUCAACGGUCUUUAAUUGAUUGAUUUUUAAGUCUUACCUCCUGCUGUGUUUGCUAAAAAGAAGCUGAUCAAUGACUGCACAGGAUGCUCCUAGACUGCUAGGAGUGUCUCUGUGUAUGUGUUGGUGUGUUUGGGGGAGGGUAGGCCUGAUGUAGCUGUUGUGUUACUCAGCCAGCAAGCAUGAGUAAUCAAUAAAAAUCAACACAUUCAUAUUUGCGUUCAUAAUUAUUAAGCUGCUCUAUUUUUAAGCAUGAAAUUUCUUUCUCCUGAUGCUUUAAAUUGAAAAAAAAAAAAGAUUUAAAUUAGUCCAUGUUUUGUCACUCCUUAAACUUGGUACUGGCUGUAAAUCUCUUUAUCGCAAAUAUCUAGAGUUUUAAGCAUAUUUCAUAAUCCUGUUGGGAAUAAUGUUGCCUCGUCUUUGUUCAGUUUUGACCACUUCUUGUUCGAUUUUUUAUCACAGAGAUUUUCAGUUUUAGAGGCUGACCUCUGUUGAAUCCUUAAAGCCAGAUUUGUACCCACAUUGUCAUAGUAUGAAGGUGCUCCAUGUUAUUCCGUCUCAGCUAGACUGGUUGUGACAUUGUUCAUGAUGUCUGCGGUUCGUACUGUUCAGUUUCACAGAUAGGAUCUGGCAGUGUAUCUUAAAGUAGCCUCCCAUCGUCUCGAACUCAGCUGUGAUUCUGUCUGGUCUCCUUGGCAACCGCUGUGCAGCCCUACUCCCUUUGGGAUCUCGCACUCCUUUGGAGAAGAGGUGGGGGCAGGGGCUGUCAGAGAGGUGCAUCUGCAACGAAAAAGGACCACGUUAAGCCUCCCUCUGUGCUUAAUUUUUAUUGAAAGACAUCAUGGAUGAUUGACCUUUAGAGGUUUGGAGGAGGUCUUGCUGCAGGUUGCUGAUAAACUAAUCCCUCACUUUAGUCUGUCAUCACUGUGUUUCCAGAAUACAAACUGAGAGUAUUUUAUUCUUUUUAAUGUUUAAUAUUUUAAACUAUUUAUGUCUUCUAAAACAUUAAAGAUUUAUUCAAGGUAAACCAGAUUAUUGGCAAAAGACAGAUGACAUUUAACUCAGGGUUAGGGGCAGUGUGGUUGACCGUAUGUGGUGGCUUUCUUCGCUCUGUGUCUAACCACUUAAGAUAUUCUGUUAGACUCCUGCUGAAUUCUCAUUGUUCCUUCAUAAUAAAACAAUUGAUAAUGUAGUUUUCUUUAUUUAUUACAUUUCUUUCCCGAGUGAAGCAUGGGAGAAGCACAGUCAUUCUCAGUAUUAAUUUACUCUGCCUAGUCAGUGUGGGAUCACAUUUGUGUUGGCAGAGAUUGUGCUGUGUGAAGAGGAAAUGAAAAACAGGAGCUCUACAGUGUGUGGAGCGGGGCUGUAGUUAAGCACAUCAAUAGUUCUUUUGGAGGAGAAGGUCAGGACUCCAUCAGCGUCUUCAUUUAUUUAUGACACUGGAUCCAGUGUGAUGGGCUUCUGUAUUAAUGAUAGCAGCUGAUGCAUCAACCCAAUCAUCAAAGCUCUCUUUGAAGAAAAGUGAAAAAAAAAAUGAAAUGAAAAUCUACUUUUUAAAUCAACUGAAACAACCUGAUUGUCGUGUUUUCAAGUCAAAGCAUCAAAGUAGUUUUCUGACUAAAUUUAGCAUCCAUCCAACUACCAUAAAGGGGUUUAGGGUUUGGGUUUUAAUACCUCAAAAUAUGAAGAAAGAAAUGGUUCAGAAUUUAUUUUCCCUUGUACUGUGUUUAUGUACGCAUUUAUGGCUCUGGCCCCGAAUCAGUAAUCCAGAAGUUUACGGUCACCGGAGAUAUUCUGUCGAAGAUCUUUAAUUGCCUCGGUGAAUGCUCACGACUAAAACACUCCCUGAAAUGUCCUGAAUUACUUCCAAGAGGCUCCAUCAAAGUUUGAAAGGAGUCCAAAUGUGGUGAGACUGAGUGUGCAACUACAGAGUGCCAGUAUGUGGGUUUGUGCUCUGAUUGAAAUAUUCCCACGCUUAUGUUGCUGUCAAGAUUUUUAUUUAUCUAUUUAUCAGUAUUUUGUGGUGUUACAAGCCAGUAGGAGUGUUUCGAUCUGAUAAGUAGAGUAACUUUAGAGAAAGUACUCACUGCAAAUUCUAUUUAUUUUUGUACUUGAACUGACAGAAGUAUGUGGUUCUUCAUAGGUCUGCUGCCUUCAGGACCUUUUCGGGGAUGAUGACAUAUUCAUUGCCUGUGGCCCUGAGAAGUUUCGCUAUCAGGAUGACUUCAACUUGGAUGAAAAUGGUGAGAGUCCUUUGAAUUAUGGAAGAUCUUAGAUCACCACAGAUGGGGUCAGGGGACUGUAGGUAAGACGAACUGAUGUUUGCCCACCAUGACUCAACAAAGAGGGCUUUAAAUAAACAGUAAAUAGAUUUUGGAUGAAAACAUUUCCCUUUGUGGCCAAAAGUUACACUGGAGGUGAGGCUGUUAAUUUAAUUGAAAAUAUAUCAAUUUAGAUAUUGUUAUCGCUUCUUUAAAUUAAAAGCAAUGCUGAUGUGCUGUGUGCUAUUUCAGCUGGGAAGAAUAGAGUUUAGGAAUAGGAAUAGUGUCCACAUUCAUGCUUUUUCUCUUUUCUCUAUAGAAUGCAGAGUGGCAAAGUCUGCUUCGUACGGCCGACUCCCCACCAUACACGGACGCUCUUCCCCAAGAAGUGGUGGGAUGUCCCGCAGGAGCAAGUCUCCAUCAUCUGUCGGUUCAGGUAAAUGUUUGAAUAUGUGUUAUGUCCGCACUGAAAAAAAAAAUUAUGCUGGUUUUAUAUAUAUGUCACAUACUGUCUUUUUGUUCUCAUCAUUAUUCGUUUGUCUCUCAGCUAAUGGCACUGCUGGCAGUCAGCUGUCCACACCAAGAUCUGGAAAGUCCCCUAGCCCUUCUCCAACCAGUCCAGCCAGCCUCCGACGACGGCAGGUGAUUAAAAUGAAUGUUACUUCUUUUUUGAAAUGUGUUUUUAGAGAUUAAUCCCAGUUAGCUUUUGAAAACUUCUGUUUUGCCCUUUUGAUGACUCUUAUUGUUUUGUUGGUCAGCUGUUUAUUUUUUUCCUCUCCGCCCUGAAGUCACAACAUACUUUAUUUUAGUGCCCACUAGAGUGCAUUUGUUUGAUUGAUUCAUUCCAGUCAAUUCAAAGUGGGUCUAACUGGAUCAUGGAGUUCAACUAUCAAGUUUAGUUCAGUUUGAAAAUAUUUUAAUCAGGUUAGAAAUUUAACAGCAAUAUUUUAAUAAAUUAAAUGAGGAAAAAUUUUAGAAAUAUUUCAUAUUUAAGAGUAUUGGCUUGCAGAAGUCCAUGCUACCAGCUGUUCACUGCACUUUUUGUUUAUGUUGGGUGUGUUGGGACUGGACAGAGUGGUGAUGUUGUCUAUUAACUGAUUUUUAAAGAUGGCUGUGGUGAUAUAUGCACAGAUGUCGCUAUAAGUUCAUAUGCUUUUAAGGUCUAAAAAAGUUCACUCCCCCUCUAUAACUCAGGGUCUUUUAAAUACUACUAUGGGGUGUUAGAGCUGUUUUCUUAUCUGUGCUCUUUGUGGUCAUUAUAAACAUUAAGUUUAGAGACUGCAGAGAACUGUCAACUUUAGAGCAAAGUCUAAUUAUCACUGAUAGUAUCAUUAAUUAAUGAUUCCAGCUCUUUCUUAUUUUUAGAGAACAUGCCAGACUUAAUGAUGGUUCAAAGGUUACUAUUAUGUUUUGCCAUGCCUGAUUUAUUUCUAUCUUAUCUUAAACUGCAUACUUACAGAUGUGAGAGUGGAACAAAUAGGCUUUGUGUAAGCCGACUGUAAUCACAUUUUUACAAGCUCAGCCUUGCAUCAGUGGGUCUUUCUGUCUCAUCUUCCAGGGGUCUCUGCACAGUGGCUCUUCACUCUCUUUGGCUUCAACCAAGGUUUGUAGCUCCAUGGAUGAAGGCGACGGGCCUGGGAGUGAAGGUAAGAUAUCGCCUAAGUAGUGAACAAAGACCGAUAAUUUUCAGGAUUUUUAAAAAUAUCUUUAGAUAACCUUUGUUUUCUUCCAUAGCUGAGUCGAUGGAUGAGUACUCCUCAGUCCCUGCCUCCAUCGCAGAGAGGUACAAAGUGGGGAGGACUUUAGGGGACGGAAACUUCGCGGUGGUGCGAGAGUGUGUGGAGAGAUCCACUGGAAGGGAGUACGCUCUGAAAAUCAUCAACAAAGACAAAUGCAAAGGAAAGGUGAGUCUAACCGAGCGAAGUCUAAUAGAAAGAAAAGAUUUUUCUUAAAGUAUUGAAGAAGUUUAUUUAUUCCCAUUCAGUUUCAGUUGAGUGGAGUGGGUUAAGCUGAUAAGUUUCCAUUAAAGAUGUCUUUGUUGUUUAAUAUGAUUUGCUUCAAAAUACUUUCUGGAAUUACUGAUAAGGACUCUUCGAAGUUUGAUGUGUUUAGCUUUUUUUCUAAAGACUAUUGAUGAUUCUUCCUUUGACUGAAUUUCCUAAUUAGGAACACAUGAUCCAGAGCGAAGUGUCGAUCCUUCGGCGGGUGAAACAUCCAAACGUCGUUCUUUUAAUCGAGGAAAUGGACACUCACGGCGACCUGUUUCUUGUUAUGGAGUUGGUUAAGGUAGUACAGAAAUGCUGUUUUCUAAAAGCAAGCAUGUAGCUCCUUCACUUGAUGUUUGUUUUGUGUCCAUUUUUUAUAAACCUUCCAGAGUCAACCCUGUUUAUUUUGAUACAAGAAAACCUGUUAAGCUGUGUCAUCCAAUCACGCACUAGAAAAGUGUCACCUUCUGCUUUUUCACACCCCAAAUACUCUUUUUCUGUAGGGGGGCGAUCUCUUCGAUGCAAUCACCUCGUCUAAUAAAUACACAGAACGAGAUGCCAGCUGUAUGCUCUUCAAUCUGGCAAGUGCCAUCAAAUAUCUGCACAGUCUCAAUAUCGUCCACAGAGACAUCAAACCUGAAAACCUGCUGGUAAGUAACAUUUACUGAAUUUAAAUAAUGUUCUUUACCUAUACUUUUUUACUUCAAUUGGAAAGUCUUUUACAUGGCUUUUAAUUCCACCUCUGUAAAGUUAAAGGGAUAUUCCGGCGUAAAAUUAAUUAAGGGUCAAGCACACCAUAACACCAAGUUAGACACCCCAUUGAGAGAUGAAUGUUGCUGAUUGCUUGCUUCUCUAGUUAUACCAACUUUAAUAAUGACCUAAUGUCUUUAAUAAGACACAUCACCUGAUGAUUAACACUUUUUUAUAAAUACCACAAUCGUGAAAAUUAUUGAUGUUGAUUGGUUUGUGUUUUUCUCACUUACCUUUAUUGUUUGUUGUGCAGGUAUAUGAACACCUGGAUGGCAGUCGGUCUCUGAAGCUGGGUGACUUCGGCUUGGCCACUGUUGUUAACGGACCCCUCUAUACUGUGUGUGGCACACCCACCUAUGUAGCACCAGAGAUCAUCGCAGAGGCAGGGUGAGUGAAACAUGUUAUGAGACUGAAACAUGAUAAAAAAAAACAUCCAUAAUCUGAUUUAAACUGACCAUUAGUUUGGCAUGUUGUGUUUUCCUCCUGAUUGACAGGUAUGGCCUGAAGGUGGAUAUUUGGGCAGCAGGGGUCAUCACUUACAUACUGCUGUGUGGAUUUCCUCCUUUCCGCAGGUAUGUAUGUGCUCCAGAGUUUUUACUCUGAAUAUGAUGAUUCAACCACAUCAAUCUGUUUAAUAAUGUCAAGUAUGUGUGAAUCUUGGCAGCUGAAUAUUAUUUGUUUGAUUUGUCGAGCAGCGGUGAGGAUCAGGAGGCUCUUUUUGAACAGAUUUUAAGAGGUCUGCUUGAAUUCCACGCACCAUACUGGGACAAUGUGUCUGAUUCUGCCAAGGUUUGUGUCUCUCAGUUAUCCUCUCAUCUGCUAUUUAUAUAUCCCAGUGAAAACAACAGAGCUGUCAGUGAUCUGUUGCUGUGUGAGCUGCAUGAUUUUACCAAAUACUCAUAAGCUACCGUGUCUUUCUGAAGGCUCUGAUCACAGGAAUGCUGCAGGUUGAGGCGGAUCGGAGAUAUACAGCCGUGCAGGUUCUGGAUCACCCCUGGGUCAAUGUAAGACCAUUUAAAGAGUCACUUCUGCACACUCAGGCAUUGCUGUAAAAGAGAAUCACAAGGAUCAGUGAUUGGUCCAACACUGUUCAUUCUUUAUAUCAAUGAAAUCUGCAAUGUGACAGAUUUUUUUAGAUAUGUAAUAGUUCUUUUGCUCCAGUAAGAAUUGAAAGGAACUUUUGUGUCGUGUAGAAAUGGAGCUGGAAAAUCUCAAGACUUGGUUUGAUGCCAAUAAAUUAUCUUUAAAUAUUAAAAAAACAAAAUUUAUGGUUUUUGGGAAUCUAAAUCAAAGUGAAUGUAAUGUUAAACUAAGAAUCUGUAAUGUUGACAUUGAAAAAGUUACUGAGACUAAAUUUCUUGGGGUUGUCAAAGAUCAAAAGUUAACAUGGAAACAACACAUCGAGUACAUUAAAGGGAAAAUUUAAAAAUCACUCACAAUCCUGUACAAAUAGAGAAGAGUAUUGAAUUACAAGGCCUUGCAUUUGAUCUACUACUCAUUGAUUGUUCCCUAUAUAUCUUACUGUGUGGAACUGUGGGCAUCCACCUUUAAAACCACUAUAAAUUCAAUAAUAAAACUGCAAAAACGAGCCUUACGUAUUACCAAUAAGACUGAUUAUUAUGAUCACAUGGAGCCACUUUUUCUCAAUUCUCAUGUUAUGAAAUUUUAUAAUCUGUUUUAUUAUAAAAUAAUGCAAAUUAUGUGUCUAAGGAGAUGUGUCUCCAUUACUGGAGACUAAAAACGUGUCAUUCUUUUUUGAUUUUUAAAGCUAUUUUUGAAGCCUAUAAGUGCGAUUAAUUAUCUGUUGUUGUGGUUUCUUUGCUUUUCUGGAGGUCGGUAGCCUAAAAAGUUGACAAUACAGGAUAGGCUUUUAUAAGCAGUCUGCUUCUGCCUUUUCAGUCAAUAUUCAACACAUGAUUCUUGAUUUAGUGAUUUUGUUAGAAAUGUCAAUAUUUGGUGUUGUCAUGACUGAAUAAACAACUACUAAUCUACUACUACAAAAUACAGUGUGAUACAACAAGCAGAGUCACUGAAGCUUUUCUCUUUCUGAAUUUCAGGAUGACGGUGCGUCAGAGAAUGAGCUCCAGCUGCCAAUCGCUGGAAAGAUCAAGAAGCAUUUUAAUACAGGGCCCAAGCUCAACAGCACGUCAGCAGGCGUGUCAGUCAUUACAGUAAGUGCUGAUCUCCAUCUGAUAGUGCAUGCAACACAACAUCUGACUCUGUUUUAAAUGCAUGCACUCUAAGUUAUUAUGCUUUGUAUGACACUAAGAUUUUGAAGGUGCUCACAAAGCAAAUUCUUAGAUGCAUAAAAGCAUUUUAUCUUUUUCCUUUUCAGCAAAAUCAUUUUUCUUGGAGUUUAUAAUUUCUUUUAACACAUUCAUGACUCAGCUUUACUGUUUCACGUCUGUUCAUGGUGACUUCCCUGCUCUCUGUCUGCAUCAAACAUGAGUUCAUCCACGUGCUUCUUGCUGCCCAGACCGUCCUCUGUGUGCUUCCGCCUGUCAUCCUCUUGUUUUAAGGAUAGACUGUCAGCACUGUUCUUAAGAGAUCUUAAAAUAACAUAACUAGCCUACAUUUACAGUCAUAGAGCAGAGCUAAAUUUUACCAUUGGCAGAAAAAUACAUGAUUUAUCCUACAAUGAAGACACUGUUUUUGCAUUUUUACAUCACUGGAGGUAUUUGGGGUGCAGUUUUCUGAAACCAAAUGACAAUAUUUCAUUAGAGUUAAAACUGCGACUUUGACAUGGUAUUUUUCUGCCACUUUUUUCUCCUUACAACAUAAAUCUAAAGUUUGCGCCUUGAAGAUACUCAGCUCAGUGAUGCUUUGACUUCCUCUGAUCCUCUGAGUUGCACUCGUCUCUUUUUGCUCAGCUGGAGAAGGACUUAACCAUCCAGAGAUCAGGGUCUUUGGACCACAACCAGCAUCCAGGAUUGUACUGGAUAAGGUAUGACACAGAAUAGUGCCAAUUUUGCAGUGCUUCCAUGGCAAAGUGCUGGCAGUCUCCAUUUCCCAUCUCUCAACGGGCUUGCUCCAUUUACUCUCAGCGUAGAAGUUCUUAUUACUGCCCCUCCUUCAUUUACCAUUAGCAGAUCCAUCACUUUAUCAAGCUUCUUCAUCUCAGUGUGGCUGUGGCUGUUUCCUCUCGCCUGGUCCUGCAGUUUACCUUAGAAUCCAUCUGCCUAGAAAAGCGUUUGUAUCUGUAUUGUCGACUGUACUGCAGGGUUUCACAUGAUGUGCUGUGAAACAGGAUUUUACCCUAAAGAUAGAAGCGAACAUGUAUUUUUAUGGGAAGUGUGAUCCCAGACAUAAAGAUGCUGCAUUUAAAGGUGGCAGACCAGGCUGUCUUAUGUUUUCCCUGAUUCAGAGAAAUUCACACUCUCUAAAAAAUCAGCUAAAUGCAACUUUUCAGACGCCAGCCUCUGCUGACACAGGAUCUUUUUUUAUCAGCUUGUGGUUUAGUAGCUGCUGGUCCUCAUCUGUGUUUAUCUAGAGAAGCUAAUGAUAGCUGCUGUGUUACCCUCUCUCAGACCACGGCACUUGAUAAAGAGAAGCAAGUUUUCCGACGAAGACGCCACCAGGAUGUGAAACCCCCCUCCCACUUCCCUCACAGUGUCCAUGCAGGUGCCUCCUCCCACAGUGCCCACCCAGCCUCUGACUUCACCUCUGAGUCUGAGGACAUUUCUCCAUGUUCAGCCGGCACCGUCCGUUCACCCACCUCCCCGUUCUAAUACUUUCACGGGGUCAAAGCAUUUUCCUCUGAAAGCUAAGUCUGGAGAAACACGGUUUAAUUUAUUUUUUGUUUAUUUAGACAUUCACAGACUACAUACUUGACACUUCCUCUUUUUUUGUUAACUUUUAUUAGUCAAAGUUUUUUUUUUAUUUUGAAUUCAAAAUGCACUUAUCAGAGUAAGGAACAAGUUUGUGUCUCAAACAUACACCUGAAGUGUCUGCAAGGGUUUAAGGUGUUGAGUUAUUGUAAUACUUUAGCGCCCUCUGCUGGUGUAGAUAAUGUAUUACAAAGUCCACCUGCUAAACGAAGCACUUGGCUUUUUGACAUGACCAGUGGCGUUCCUAAGCAACUUGGUACCCUAGGCAGGAUUUCUGGUAGCCCCCCCCCAUGAUUUUAAAUAUGAAUAAUGUAGUAAUUGUACUACAAUAAACUAAACAGCCGCCAUAUACGAAAUACCCUGGACAACCGCGAUCAACAGUACCCCACAAAAUCCUCAAAGGAAAACAAAAUGGCUCAAAAGACAUAAACAGCAGUAAUUUAACAUCAGUCAAGGAAAACAAGUGUCAAAAACAUAAAUUGCAAUAUUAAAAAGGUAAUAGUACAAAAUACAAUGUUAUAGAAAAAUACAAACACAACAACUUACAAAUAGUAAAGUAUGUAAACUAGAAAGAGUGGGGAGGAGUCCUGUCCUGCAAUCCAUUGGGGACCGUGGCGAAAUUGCAGGCAGGUUGCAGGCAGACAGACACUUAAGCCCGAAUAUAUAAAUGAUUUAGCCAUUGUUUAAAGACUUUACGACUUUAUGUACUGUUGUUAGAUUGCUGUGUUUUUAUUGCGAAAUAAAAAAUAUUAAAAAAAAAAAAAAAAAACCUUCUCCCCUCCCUGGCGCCCUUUCUGCGGGCGCCCCUAGCAGCCGCCUACUCCGCCUAAUGACAGGAGCGCCACUGGACAUGACAUGUUUCAUGUAACUUUCACGAUUUUAAAUAGAAACUCUUAAGUGUAACUCUCUCCAUACUACAGAGACUCAUGGUUGUACUGUAUGACAUCUUAAUUUUGCGACUGUACUUGAAACUCUGGCGCACAAACCUUGGACAAACAGAACUUAAGGAAAGGAAAAGACAUGCUGCUAUAAAACAAAAUAAGCAUUAUCCAAACAGACAGAUAUCGUCCUGUCAUCUAGUAGCUCACGUCUUAGUUGGGGCACAAGUGUUUGAUUGCUGAAGGUUCUGCUCAUCUGGAAGCAAAAGUUUCGUUCCAUGUCUGUGAGAGUGGUUGUAGUUCAGUAGUGGUAGAGGUGAAUGUCAGUGUUGUGUAGUUGAUUGUUAAGUGCAUGUUUAAAGCCUUGGCUUGGUAAAUAUGGAUUUAAGUGCAAUUAGGUGUACAACCCAAUGAGCACAGUAUUUUGAACUUUUCUUUUGAAAUACUGUAAAACGUGAGAAUGUAUCAGUUGCGAGGUGGUUAUUAAUAAUAGCUUACAAACCCUUCUCUCUUUAACUGAGCUCAUAGACUCGUGUGACAGAUUUUUUCAUACAUUAAAAAAAAGACGUUUAAGUUAACGCAGCAGUGCUUCCAGUAAAAUCCAAUACGAAAACAUCUGCAGUUCAUUGUUUCUCAACAGUAACGAUCAAACAAAAUGACUGAGAAGUCUGGCUCACGAGAGUCUAUGUACUGUAUGUCGUCUGACAACUCCAUACAUGAGUUCAUCAUGGAGCGAAUCUUCAUAGAUGUGAAUGUCCUCUUCCCACCAUCAAAGACUGUAACCUGCAUGUGUACUAAUAUGCAUCCUAAAUCCGUUGUUCUGGUCUUCUACUAUUCGAUAUACACCUGUCAGAUAAAGAAAAAACACAUCUCUACUCACUGUGUGUGCUGUCUUGGUGAAUGCUGCUCAGUUAAGGCAGAUUAUAGUCAUACCACAGCUAAGUUAGGACAUGUAUAUAUUUACAUAUUUGAAAAGAAAUGUAACCUCUCACCACUGACAUUUUUGUAAAGGGCUUUUAAGUUUUUUUAUCAAGAGGGAUGUGAACCAAAAAGCACAAGGACAGAAAUUGUGAGAAUGACUUUUGGGGAAAGUUUGCUUGUUUAUAUACAGUUUGAUGAAAAGGUGCGAGGAGAAAAGUGGAAAUUUCAAUGUGAUGUGGAGGCAGAUGGAAGAUGUGAAUGCUGUAUUAUAUUCAUCCAUAUUCCAUGUAAUGCAAAGACAUAAAAUAAUGAGAAAAAAAAGUGAUUACAGACGUAUUUUCACUUCAUAAAAACAUGUAUUGUUGUGGUUAAAGAGAAAACUUCCAACAAUAUGCAAAGACAUGAAAACUGGGAAUAAACGACUUUAAUAUGGGGGCGAGUGAGUGA